UUUUUUUUUUUCAACAUUGGAUUCUUACGACUGAGCAUACAAAAGUAUAGAACAAUGACAUCUCUGAGGUGUGUAGGCAACACAUCCAGUGAAUUGGAUUCGGCGAACGCGCGGUACAAGACACUGAAACGAUUGAUGACGAGCGGAUCACUUGAAAGCUAUGCAACACAACAAUUCCAGAUCCUUAGUGAACGGCAACAAGUACGGUUACAACAAAGUCAGCAAAGGUCACAACCAUUCUCCCAAUGUAUUGCUCAACAUGCCAUGAAUGAUGAACGCAACCGAUAUAUUGAUAUUAUUCCGUUUGAUAGUAACCGGGUGGUUCUCUCGACAUUGGGACCAGCAGGGGAUGAUUAUAUCAAUGCCAGUUGGAUUGAAUGGCAGUCAAGGCGAUAUAUUGCAACACAAGGUCCACUUCCUUCGACAUGUGGUGAUUUUUGGCGAAUGGUAUUGGAACAACAGGUCAAUGUGAUUGUAUGUCUGACGCCGGAAAUGGAGAAUCGACGGGUGAAAUGUGCAGCCUAUUGGCCAGUGGGGAAUGAUACAAAACGAUACCGACUCAAAUCAAGGAAACAUAUCAAUCAUUUCUUAUUUCCGUCCUCCCAUGGUGAUGAUGAUUGGACAAUUGAAGUAAAGAAUAGUCAACAAGAAGAACAUCAUUCGGAAGCAGCAUGUAUUGUACGACAAGUGCAAGUGUCAUGUUAUAAACAACAACAACUUUUACAAACGUCGACGGUGUAUCAACUUCAAUUCCUUGGAUGGGCAGAUCAUAGUGUGCCUCAACAAACAUCUCAUUUAAAUGCUCUUGUACGACUGGCCAAUCAAUUACAACAAACAUCACCGAUGGUAGUGCAUUGUAGUGCGGGUUGUGGACGAACAGGAACCUUUUGUGUGGUGGAUACAGUCACUGGUUGGCUGAAGCAUAGUGAAUCGAAAGAAGAUGAAUGGGUGGAUCCUGUAUUCGAAGUGACUGAUGCGUUUCGACAACAACGGACGACGAUGGUACAAACUGCAUCACAAUAUCUAUUUUGUUAUCAUGCUAUUUGGGAUUAUUUACAACAACAACAAUUAGAAGUUUAGCUUAUUAUUAUUAUUUGAAAUAAACAAUAUUGUAGUUUAUGUUUCGGAAGAUUCGGUUUAGAAA